AUGGCGUCGGCGUCGAGGCCAUCCCUCCAAAACCCUCUCCAACAAAACCGACCCACCGGCUCCUUUUCUCAGCCUGGAAUACUGGUAGCAUUGGCAGAACCACCCAUGCGUUACGUCGAUGGCGCCAUGAUGGACUAUUUCCUCAUCGAAGCCGUCAAUACUCUCCGAGAAUCCUCACAAGUCGCCAUUGCCCGAUCGAAGAGAAUUGAGCGGGAAAUGGUGGAAGCAGGGCUGUUACCUUUAGUUUCUUCUUUUACUCGUCCGGAUGUUACAUCCCCAAAGAGCUCUCCUCGCGAGUCUUCAACAAACUUGAACUCGACGACUCGGACUGGUGCUGGUGGAAAGGCAACUGGAUCUCCUGUUGACGAGGAAGAAGAGGCAUUACGGGUGCGGUUGGAAGCGAUAGGAUUGCAUGUUGGGUCAAAUUUUACGGAAAGACUGUGUGCGGACAGAGGGCUUUUCACGGAAACUCUAGACGCCAUCAAGUUCAUCUGCAAAGAUUUAUGGACUUCUUUCUGGAAUAAACAAGUGGACAACUUGCGGACGAACCAUAGGGGUGUAUACGUCUUGCAGGACAACUCUUUCCAUACCAUAUCCCGCCUAUCCUCAUGGCAUGGGCGUGCUGAAGCAUUGAAACGAGCGAAAACGUAUACUGCUAUGCCCGCAGGCAUUAUUAAAGGUGCACUCACCCGACUAGGAUAUCAGACGGUUACAGUGACGCCUGAAAUAAACAAUCUCCCGCAAUGCACUUUCCAAGUCAAGAUUCCAAGAAGCUCAUGA